AUGACGGGCGUGAACUUGAGCUUGAAUUUACGUUUCAAGAUUUUCAUGGCAGGUUCGGGAAUCAUGAGUGAUGACACAUCGAUAACACAACGAGCUUUAAACCAAGUUCUGGAAGUCGAAAGCGUUUGCGAGCCGCAGUCUCGGGAGGAGAUGGGAAAUAGCGCUCGUAGAUUGCGGUUUUAUAGUGAGGAGGGUAUUUUGCGGCUUAGGGGAAGCCUUGAUCAGCGAUGGUAUACCAGUCAGAUGCCGGGAUUUGGAAUCAUACAAAGCAAUUUUGCCAUCUACUUGUGUAAUGGCCUGGUACGAGAUUUUGAGCACAAAGCUGCGUGCCCUAUGCAUUCGGUUACUAAAUUCUCUCCACUAUGGACCCCAUCCAUAUCAAAACCAUAG